AGUCUCAGGGAACGUCACGCGAUGGCGAUUUGGUGACGAGCGGCUUCAGCACUCCGGAUAGCUCCUGCGCUGGGGGAGGGGAGGGGGGCCGGCCGGGGAGCCGCGCUGUUCUGAGCUCCGCGCGUCAAGUCGACGGAUCGCCGGGGACGCCGGCGCUGUUAUGGAUGCUCCUUCUUUGUGCUUCGACGCGCAUUCUGCCUUUUGUGCCGAGGCUUUUCUGGAACGCGGAUGGAUUUAAGCGCACUUUUACUGGAAUUUGAAGCGCAUCCAGCCUGAUUCCUUCACCGUACACACCUGGAAACGCAAUGCCGAGCCUCCGGUGUCCACGACGUGGCUGAGCUUGAUCGAUCUCGAGCAUUUGGGUCAAAAUGAUGCCCGGCAGGUACAAAUCGAGUCCCAGCUCCACCAUGUCCUUGGCGUUCUGCGGCAAUGACAACAAUUCGGCCGCCUACAACGUCGACAAGGGGGUGCUGAACAACGGCUGCUUCCUGGACGCGCUGAGCGUGGUGCCGCACGUCUUCCUCCUCUUCAUCACCUUCCCUAUCCUGUUCAUCGGAUGGGGCAGCCAGAGCUCCAAGGUGCACAUACACCACAGCACAUGGCUACACUUCCCCGGGCACAACCUGCGGUGGAUCCUGACCUUCAUCCUGCUCUUCGUGCUGGUGUGCGAGAUCGCCGAGGGCAUCGUGUCCGACGGCUCUACAGAGACGCGACACUUGCACCUCUACAUGCCUGCUGGUCUGGCGUUUAUGGCUGCCAUCACGUCCAUCAUCUUCUACCACAACAUCGAGACCUCCAACUUUCCGAAGCUCUUACUGGCUUUGCUGGUCUACUGGAUUUUAGCCUUUGUGACAAAAACGAUUAAAUUUGUGAAGUUCUGUGAACACGGCAUUUGGAUGACCCAGCUGAGGUUCUGCAUCACGGGGUUGCUGGUGCUGCUGUACGGGACGCUGCUGGCAGUGGAGAUCAACGUCAUCAGAGUGAGGCGCUACGUUUGCUUCAAGCACCCAACGGAAGUGAAGCCUCCAGAAGACCUGCAGGACCUGGGAGUGAGGUUUCUUCAGCCAUUUGUGAACCUUUUGUCAAAGGGUACCUAUUGGUGGAUGAACACAUUCAUCACCUCUGCUCAUAAGAGACCCAUUGACCUGAAAGUCAUCGGCAAGCUGCCAAUAGCAAUGAGGGCGCUCACUAACUACGUGCACUUAAGGAAGGCAUUUGAAGCACAAAAGACCAAGGCCUCUGCUUACCCCCAGGGAUCCAAAUCCAUCUGGUGUGCCCUGCGCUAUGCGUUUGGAAGACCUCUUGUUCUCAGCAUCACAUUUCGCUUUCUGGCUGAUCUCCUAGGUUUUGCUGGUCCCCUUUGUAUUUCUGGAAUUGUUCACCAUCUUGGCAAAGAGAACAAGACCUUCCUUCCUCCGGUCAAGCUGCUGGGGGUGUACUUCAUUUCAUCCCAGGAGUUCCUAGCCAAUGCCUACGUCCUGGCUGUGCUUCUGUUUUUUGCUCUUCUUUUACAAAGGACAUUUCUGCAAGCAUCUUACUACGUGGCCAUUGAAACAGGAAUUAACCUGAGAGGAGCAAUGCAGACAAAGAUUUACAAUAAAAUAAUGAGAUUGUGCACGUCAAACAUGUCCAUGGGGGAGAUGACGGUCGGCCAGAUCUGCAACCUGGUUGCCAUAGACACAAACCAACUUAUGUGGUUUUUCUUCCUCUGCCCAAACUUGUGGGCAAUGCCUGUUCAGAUUAUUCUGGGGGUUAUCCUCCUGUACUACCUCCUGGGAAUAAGUGCCUUAAUUGGAGCCACAGUGAUUGCAGUCCUUGCACCAGUGCAGUACUUUGUGGCCACCAAGCUGUCCCAAGCACAGAAGAGUACUCUGGAGUAUUCCAAUGAACGCUUGAAGAAAACCACAGAACUGCUUCGUGGGAUCAAACUGCUGAAGCUUUAUGCCUGGGAGCACAUAUUCCAUGACAGUGUCAAAGAAACAAGACAAAAGGAGCUGACCAGCCUCAAAGCCUUCGCUCUUUACACCUCCAUUUCCAUUUUCAUGAACGCAGCCAUCCCCAUCGCAGCAGUGCUUACGACCUUUGUGGUCCAUGCCCACUUGUCAGAAGACGCUGACCUUUCACCGGCGGUGGCCUUUGCCUCUCUCUCGCUCUUCCACAUUUUGGUCACUCCACUGUUUCUGCUGUCCAGUGUAGUCCGAUCGACUGUCAAAGCCCUAGUGAGUGUACAGAAGCUCAGUGAGUUCUUCUCUAGUGAAGAGAUUGGUGAGGAUCCUGACCAGAAAGUUCCUGUGCAGAUGCCCCUUGCUAACCACAACAAAUACCAAGCGUUGCCUCUCAAAGUGGUUAAUCGUAAGCGUCCUACUAGAGAAGAUUGGAACAGCUACAGCCCACCAAGAGAGAGGAACAAUGAGGCAGCUAAAGAUGAUGAAGAAUGUAUCAAGGAAUACAAGGUUCUGCCAAAUCAGGACGUGCCUCAAGGAGAUAGCUCUGUUAACUGCUAUCAUUACACUAUCACUAAUGGCUAUUUCACCUGGACUCCUGAUGGAUCCCCAACAUUGUCCAACAUUGAUAUCCGGAUUCCUCAUGGUCAGCUUACAAUGAUUGUUGGGCAGGUGGGCUGUGGAAAGUCUUCAUUACUCCUAGCUGCACUUGGAGAAAUGCAGAAAAUAUCUGGAAACGUUUACUGGAACAGCUUACCUGGACAUGAAUCAGAAGGCGAGGACAGCAGCAUUGAGAAGGACACAGCUAUUGAUGCUGAUGUAAGAAAAAGAGGCUCGGUGGCCUAUGCAUCCCAAAAGCCUUGGCUAUUGAAUGCCACGGUAGUGGAGAACAUCAUCUUUGAAACCACCUUCAAUAAGAUGAGGUACAAAGCAGUAAUUGAGGCCUGCUCCCUGCAGCCAGACAUCGACAUCCUCCCACAAGGAGACCAGACACAAAUAGGAGAAAGGGGAGUCAAUCUCUCCGGGGGACAGCGGCAGCGCAUCAGUGUGGCAAGAGCACUGUACCAGCAAACAAAUGUCGUCUUUCUGGAUGACCCUUUCUCUGCUCUUGACAUCCAUCUCAGUGACCACCUCAUGCAGGAGGGUAUCCUUAAGAUGUUAAGGGAGGAGAAGAGAACGGUCGUGUUGGUUACACACAAACUGCAGUAUCUGCCACAUGCGGACUGGAUUAUUGCCAUGAAGGAUGGUACCAUACAGAAAGAGGGGACAUUGAAGGAUAUUCAGAACAGCGAGCCAGAGCUGUUUGAACACUGGAAAUCUCUGAUGAACAGACAGGACCAGGGACUGGAAAAGGAGACAGUAGCUGAAAGCAACACAGCUCUGGAGAGGAAGAAUUUGCGCCGCGCCAUGUACUCCAGGGAACUUGCUGGGAAGAACGAGGAAGAAGAUGAAGGAGAUUCAGUUGAAAGUGACGAUGAAGACAACCUAUCAUCAGUCCUGCGCCAGCGGGCUAAGAUGCCCUGGAGGGCCUGCGGGACGUACCUCAGCUCAGCCGGCUUUCUUCUCCUCCUUCUCCUGCUGUUCUCCCAGUUCUUUAAGCAUUCUGUCUUGCUUGCCAUUGACUACUGGCUGGCAAAGUGGACAUCUGAUGUCAUUUCUGGGAAGGUCCAUUCUGAAGGAAAAAACUGCACCACAAACCAGGACUGCAGGUUUGACCACUCAUCCUACUCCAUGGUGUUUAGCAUCCUCUGCUGCCUUGGGAUCAUCUUGUGCCUUGUGACUUCUGUGGCUGUGGAGUGGACAGGCCUAAAGGUUGCAAAAGAGCUACACCAUAACUUGUUGAAGAGGAUCAUCCUGGCACCGAUGAGGCUUUUUGAGACUACACCCCUUGGGAAUAUCCUGAACAGAUUUUCAGUUGACACCAACACCAUUGACCAGCACAUCCCUGCCACUCUGGAGUGUCUCAGCCGCUCCACCCUGCUUUGUGUUUCGGCGCUAGCUGUCAUCUCCUAUGUCACUCCUGUCUUUCUCAUCUCUUUGCUUCCGUUGACGGUGGCAUGCUACUUCAUCCAGAAGUACUUCAGGAUGGCAUCCAGGGAUCUUCAACAAUUGGAUGACAGCACUCAGCUGCCCUUACUGUCUCACUUUUCAGAAACUGUGGAAGGGCUUACUACAAUCCGUGCUUUCAGGUACGAGGACAAGUUCAGACAAAGGCUGCUGGAGUACACAGACACCAACAACAUCGCCUCCCUCUUUCUGACCGCUGCAAACCGCUGGCUGGAGGUCCGCAUGGAGUACAUCGGUGCCUGUGUAGUACUUAUUGCAGCUGUGGCCUCCAUCACCAACUCUCUUUACAACCAUCUCUCCUCCGGCCUUGUUGGUUUGGGCCUGACCUACGCUCUCAUGGUGUCCAACUAUUUGAAUUGGAUGGUACGUAAUCUCGCAGAUAUGGAGGUUCAGCUCGGAGCAGUUAAGAGGAUUAACUCCCUCCUCAAGACUGAACCAGAAAACUAUGAAGGCCUUCUAUCUCCCUCACAGAUUCCAGCCACCUGGCCUCAGCAAGGAGAAAUUCAGAUCCAGAAUCUCAGUGUGAGAUAUGACAGCACCCUGAAGCCUGUUCUUAAACAUGUCAAUGCCCACAUCUUUCCAGGACAGAAGGUUGGCAUAUGUGGUCGGACUGGAAGUGGAAAAUCUUCAUUCUCCUUGGCAUUCUUUCGAAUGGUUGACACAUUUGAAGGGCGGAUUAUCAUUGAUGGAAUCGAUAUUGCCAAACUGCCUUUACAGACUCUGAGGUCGCGGUUUUCGAUAAUCCUCCAGGACCCCUUCCUGUUCAGUGGAACGAUCAGGUUUAACUUGGACCCGGAACGGAAAUGCACUGACAGCAUGCUGUGGGAAGCGCUGGAGAUCGCACAGCUCAAGCCGGUGGUCAAAGCUUUGCCAGGAGGCCUGGAUGCCAUGGUCACGGAAGGAGGGGAGAACUUCAGUCUGGGGCAGCGGCAGCUCUUCUGCUUGGCACGAGCGUUUGUUCGCAAGAGUAGCGUCCUCAUCAUGGACGAAGCCACAGCGUCUAUAGACAUGGCCACGGAAAGCAUUUUGCAGAAAGUAGUCAUGACCGCCUUCACAGACCGGACAGUCGUCACUAUCGCACACCGCGUCCACACAAUCCUCAACGCCGACCUGAUCAUCGUCAUGAGGAGAGGAGUCAUCGUGGAAUCCGACAGACCUGAGGUGCUGCUGGACAACGAGGACAGCGUCUUCGCCUCUUUUGUACAAGCAGACAAAUAGCCGUCCGCGCCGCUCCCAAGUGCAAUUGUGUUUUUCAUUUUAUAUUUGUGUACAAUAUUGUAAAUAAAAUGCAAAUUGUUUAUUAAUAAAAGAAUUGGACAAAGA